AUGGAAGCCACAUUUAAUAAGUAUUUGAUUCUCUUCUCAAUGUUCAUAGUGUUAAUUGUUAGGCUUAAAGGUGAUGAUCAAAGCCAAGGCAAUGCCACAUUGGUUACUCUCCCAUUAAACCUACAAGGUAAUAAAAGUAGUGAAGAAGCAAAAGGAAAACACAAUAAUGAAGUUGUGUUCAACUCAAGCAAAGGAGGAGGUGGCGGCGGCGGAGGUGGAGGGUUUAAAUGGGGUUGGGGUGGCGGAGGCGGAGGAGGAGGAGGAGGUGGUGGUGGUGGUGGUGGUGGAGGUGGCGGUGGUGGAGAAUAUGCAGAAUGCAUGGCAAGAACAAGAUGCAAAGGAAUGAGAUUGGAUUGUCCACUUCACUGUGGUGGAUCAUGUUUCUAUGAUUGCCACCAUAUGUGUAAGCCUCAUUGUUGGAGACCUUAA